AGUAUUUGACCCGCAAUUUAUUUUUUCUUCAGCGCGCUCUGCCUUGAUCUUCAAUUCUUCAACCUUUUGUUUGAUUUCUCCAAAAGCUUCAAUCUUUGUGAUAUUUGCGCAAUUCUAGAAACUGGGGAUGAUGAAAGGUGUUGAUACAUUUGAGAAGGGUUGUUGAUACAGCAUUCAGUUUGGUUUUCUUUUUUUGUCGCUAUAUCUGCAAUGUUUUUAUCAAAGGUUCGUAAUAGACCUUUGGUGAGGAGGGCUUUUUCGUCUUUCCAUUCAUCAUUUGUGAUGAGCGUGGAGGAUCAAUUCAGUGUUCAGAAGGGGGAAAGCAUAGAUGGUGUUUUAUCAGGGGGCUUGUCAACAGUAGGCUGUGUAUCUAGGAAAGAUGCAGCUGCCGAUGUAACAUAUAGCAAUAGAUGGAAGGGUCAGCAGCUUCCGAUGGCUGACAAUGGUAAAAUAGUAAGACCAUAUGUAUCACGGAGAAAUGCAGUUGACGGUGCGUUGAGCUCAUCCGCUUUUGUAUAUGGGAAACACAGAGCAGCUGUGAGUCCUAAUGGUGCUUGUUCUUUACAAACUCAUCACUACAGUUCCCAGGGCAAUGGUGAGAACAAGCUGCUGGAGAGGAUACCCAAAUAUGUGAAGAUUGUAGAAGUUGGUCCCAGGGAUGGCCUGCAAAAUGAGAAAAAUAUAGUACCUACUGAUGUGAAAAUUGAGUUGAUAAAGAUGCUUGCAUCUUCCGGUCUGCCUGUUGUUGAGGCCACUAGUUUCGUGUCACCAAAAUGGGUUCCUCAGCUAGCAGACGCAAAGUUAGUAAUGCAAGCUGUCCAAAAUUUACAAGGCAGUAAAUUUCCUGUAUUAACCCCUAAUCUUAAGGGUCUAGAAGCAGCUGUUGCAGCAGGUGCCAAGGAAGUAGCAGUGUUUGCUUCAGCUUCAGAGUCCUUUUCAAAAUCAAAUAUCAAUUGUACUGUUGAAGAGAGUCUGAUCCGAUACCGUGAUGUUGCUAGUGCUGCAGAAAAGCUUUCUUUACCUGUCCGUGGAUAUAUAUCAUGUGUUGUGGGGUGCCCAGUUGAAGGAGCAGUCUCACCCUCUCAAGUAGCAUAUGUUGCUAGAGAGGUAUCUAAUAUGGGCUGUUACGAGAUCUCUCUUGGUGAUACCAUAGGAGUUGGGACUCCAGGUACUGUUAUUCCAAUGCUUGAAGCUGUUAUCGAUGUUGUCCCAGUUGAGAAGCUUGCUGUCCAUUUUCAUGACACAUACGGACAAGCUCUUUCAAAUAUUCUCCUCUCUCUCCAAAUGGGUAUCAGUGCUGUGGACUCAUCUAUCGCUGGUCUCGGUGGCUGUCCAUAUGCCAAGGGUGCAUCUGGUAAUGUAGCCACUGAAGAUGUUGUGUAUAUGUUGAAUGGACUUGGAGUAGAGACUCAUGUUGACUUACAAAAGCUUUUGGUUGCUGGAGAUUUCAUCUGCAAGCAUCUCAGCCGUGCAUCUGGUUCAAAGGCUGCUACUGCUUUGAGUAAAACACUUGCUCAUGCAUCUAAGCUGUAAGAUACGCACAAAUUCCUGUUUGUAAAACUAUUAUUCAUCUUUUCUGACUUGCUCUCUGGAUCAUACAUAACUAUGUGGUAUAUAUCCAUGCUAUUAUUGCUGUGCUGUGUUUCGUGAA